AUGAAGACAAACGCAUGACGAAUGGAACAGACGGAGUUGUUGCACGUGUUAUUGAGUAGGCUAAUCAACGUGUCAUUUUGGGGUUACAGUAAGUGUAGUCAUUAGAUAUUCUCUGGUGUAGUAUUAGUACCACAGUGGAUGAGCACCGGUGUCUGUAUUGUACAGGAAAUACACGAGGAUCCAAGUCUAAGACUAUAAAGCAUCAAGAUGGUUCUCCAUAAGAGCAUACCUGCGGACAGAGGUUGUGCUGUGGCCGUCAUCAUCUUCAUCCUGGGACUGGGAACUCUGUUGCCGUGGAAUUUCUUUAUUACUGCCACACAGUACUUUAAUGGCCGCCUCAAAGUCAACGGCACAAGUGAAAACACAGACGACUACCACUACGAUAACUGGAUGACUCUUGUAUCCCAGCUACCCCUGUUGUUGUUCACCUUACUCAACUCUUUCCUCUAUCAGUGGGUCACGGAGAGGGUGCGCAUAGCCGUCAGUAUGACCUCCAUCCUGCUUCUCUUUGUCCUCACCGCCUGUCUGGUUAAGGUGCCCAUGGCGCCGCAAUAUUUCUUCUCUGUCACCAUGGCAACUAUCUGGUUCAUAAACACGUUUGGAGCCGUGUUGCAGGGGAGCCUGUUUGGCUUAGUGGGGCUUCUCCCUCCGAGAUACAGCACCCUGUUCAUGAGUGGUCAAGGACUGGCCGGGAUCUUCUCAGCCCUGGCCAUGCUGCUGUCCAUCUUCAGCAAUGCAGAUAAGGAAACUGCUGCCCUGGGGUACUUCAUAACCCCCUGUGUGGCCACCCUGCUCACUUUGCUCUGCUACCUAAUUCUUCCACAUCUGGAAUUUGCCCAGUUCUAUUUAAAGAAAAGCCAUGGUCAGCUGGAGACCACCAAUGAGCUCAUCAAAUCUGCUGAAAAAGGGUCCCUCUACAAAGUCAGUGGGAUGGAGAAAAGCCUGGUUGUCAUGGAGAACGCUGAUUCCCAGAGAAGGUCUUCAGUGCAGGCUGUCUUCAAAAAGAUCUGGGUGAUGGCACUUUGUGUGACGUCCGUGCUGGCUGUGACGCUCUCUGUGUUCCCAGCGGUGACGGUCAAAGUGAAGACUAUAUUUAAGGAAAGCAAGGACUGGGAACCCUACUUCCUCUGUGUGUGUUGCUUCAUCGUGUUUAACGUCAUGGACCUGAUCGGCCGCAGUGCCACAUCUCUGGCUCAGUGGCCCUCGAAGGAAAGCCGUUGGUUCCCUGUCCUGGUUUUGUCUCGGGUCGUCUUCGUCCCCCUCGUCAUGCUCUGUAACGUGGAACACUCCCGCCUGCCCGUCCUCUUCUCCCACGACGUGGCCUUCGUCUGCAUCAUGACCUUAUUCGCCCUCUCCAACGGAUACUGCAUCUGCCUCUGCAUGACCUACGCGCCACAGUUGGUGAGGUCGAAGGACUGCGAGACGGCAGGGGCUCUGAUGACCUUCUUCCUGGCGCUGGGGCUCUCCGUUGGGGCGGCUUGCUCCUUCCUCCUGGGGGCUCUGUUGUAGCAGGACCUUGACGCUACAGGGAUAGGUUUAGCCCAGUGGUUAUGAAUUAGAUAUUUUUUUAUGAGGUUCAAAUCCCGCCCCCUUCCCCCCCUCUGUUUGUCGCUUUGGGAUCAAAUUGUCUGCUUUUUCCCAAUUGUUUACCCAAAGCAAUUAUAUUUGCUUUCCUAUUGAUUCUGUUUUAUUUUUUAUAUUAUUUGGGGAAAGCUUCUGCAUUGUGCUGUAUCAGAAAAACCAAGGCCCUAUGACCUACUGUAAUACACAACGUAAUCUUUAAUUAGGUAAUAAAACUGAUCAUUAUGAAGUUAUGUAUUAUAGAUGACAGUUUUAUGUUAUUCCAUGUUAAGUGAACAAUUUGCAAUCAUAUGUUCAUUGUGUUCAACUAAAACAAAAAAUUAAUUGACUAUUUAUUGAAUAUUUUUUUAAGCAAUGCCUGGGAUGUAUUUAUUUUUGAGCCUUUAAUACUAUAAUAUUCUUUUUUAUAUGCAUAGUUUUUUAAAAUAUUUUUUUACCAUCUUUUUAUACCUUUUAAAUGUUGUUUGACUUCAUUUUGUUGCUUUGUAGAAUUGAAAAUAAACUUU